CAAGGGCAGGUGCACAAGAAGCGUAAACCAGAAGCUAUGGAGGCUCCAACCCUCGCCUGAAACUGCAAAUCGACAAGAUAAGAUCCUGCCUGCCUGGACACAGGAAAAGAAUCGUGGAAUCAUAGAAUUGUUAGGGUUGGUUAGAAGACCCCAGGCCAAAAAUCACCAUUGGACUAAAAGAGGCGCGAGGGGCGGGUGUAGAGAUCACAAGGGUGUAAUUGCCCAGGGAUUUCUUUGUUGGGGGGUCUGUCUCUUUGGAGGCACCCAGCCCGGGCUCUCCUUGCUGCUGUACCUUCUAAUUAAAUUAAUUAUUUUGUGAAAUCCAACACCUGAGACUCUGCUGCGGAAAGCCAAGGAGCCUGAAGGAGGAAGGGCGCCUCCGUGCCUGUGCAACACCAUGAAUGGCAUGUGAAUGCUCGGGCAGCAGCUUCUUGAGCAGGGGCAAUCCGUCCAUCUCCCUGGGGAGGGCUUCAGCCCAGGCACGCAUCUGCUUCAAACAGCCCCAUCCCAGCUUGAUUUCAGAGGGCAAACCUGAGCCUUUGGCUUCCCAUGAGCGGAUGGAUGAUUUUGGAAGGUCCCCUCCGAGCCAAAGCACCCAAAGGCUGCCUGGGAGGCCGUCUUCGGGGGGGUUAGUCCUGUGCCCUGUUUCCCCCUGUCAGCACAAGCUGGCACCACCCAGCACCCCAGAGGAUGCCCUGGGAGGAGACGCACCCGCCAGCGGGCAAAGUGCGGGGCAAAGGCUGGGGCAGCCCACGGAUGGCAGCCAUGGAGCGCCCGGCGGCCGUGCGUCUCUGCAGCAUUGCCCUCCUGCUGGGCACUGCCCUCCUCCUGCCAGCACCCGGGGGCACCCAGGCUCCCAGCGGCACUGGGCGGAAGGACCUGGCUGCAGAGCAGGAUUUGGCCAAGGAAAUCCUCCUGGGCAUACGAGCCGUGGAGCCGCCGGAGGAGCAUGAGAUCACCGACGACGUAGAACUAGGUCUAAAGGUCUCCAGCAGCGCCUGGGCUCAAAGGGGCCCCCUCCAAGUCCAGGCGGGACCAGAGGAGGACCAUGACCACCUCCACCACCCCCCCCAGGACAACGCUGGGGAGGCCAAUGCCCACAGGCCACCCCCCCGGAUGCUGUCCUUGGAGGUGCAGAGCGUCCCGGAGGAGGACCGCGACCAUCUCCACCACGGCUGAGUCAGAGACGUGCCCAGGCUGUGAAGUGAGGGGUGGGAGCCACCUCUGGGGCUUCCUGACGGAAAUCGUCCCCUCCCUACCCACCCUCGAGCCUCCCCAAUAAAUCCAUUUUCCCAUCCAUGUUCCGGUGGAGCUCAUUGCUGCCAGAAACCUCUCAUGAAGCGCAGGGCUCCCAGAUCAGGGGUAUCCUCCUCCUUGGACUGGCCCCGAGAAGGGUGAGGAUGAUGCCUCGGUGGGCGGAGUGGGGGGGGGAUGGACACAACUCAGCCCAUCCCCCGGCCUCAGUGCCACCCAGGCAGGGCCAAGGCUGGGGGAACUCAGCACGCCGGUGUUGCGCCCGAGGAGGUCCCCUCCCCAGGGGAUGCAGGUACCUUAUUGCUCCACGAGGCUG